GACAGAGGAACAACAAGAACUACAACUUCAGCCACAGCCUUAGAUGAAAUCAACUGAAGAUAAAAGACAUUAAAUAUCUGAUCAGUCACCAUCCGCUCUCGGGUCCAAAAGGCACAUCCAAGGAAUCCCACCUUCUGACACCUUCUGAACAGUUCCCAAAUGAACGAUAUAGACUUGAUGUCACUUCCUGUUGUUGCUGCCGCGCUGUUUGAGCUAGAGCUCCGUCGAGCUGAUUCCUAUUUGCUUGUUUUUGUCUCUUAAAAUCAAACUUAUAACCUAUCACUCUUUCUUUUUCAGCGGGGGAACACAUCCCCAACAUUAUUUUAUAUAAAAAAAACUCGGAUUACCUUGAUAUCGCUAGUUUUAUCCGACUUCCCGAACAUUCGCUAUUAGCUUUAGCCCGUUCGCAAUAGCGGCGUGGUCACUCUAGCGUCUCUACUUUUCUCUCACUAUAUUAUUGUUCGUCUGUUCUAAUGGCGAGUGUAUCGGAUGUUUCUCUACCUUUGUGUGCAGGUGAGGACACGUUUGAGCUGUAUGCGGUGCAGUUGGAGCUGGAGGCCGCGGAGCGACAGAUUCAGACCCUUCUCGAGAAGCAGGCCGAGCUACGCGAGCAGCAGACAGCGCUGGAAUCGUCCCGUGCUGACGCUCACCAGUCCUCGGUAAGUUUACAGCGCGAUAUUAACACUCCUGCUUCCCCUACGCCGUGUGUUUCUCUGCACAGGGCCAGAGCACCCAGAACGCGUUCAUCCCAGCCCUCGUUCACUCCGGCGCCGUCACACCAGGGACCUUGGGUUCUUCAGCAGCGGAAGGCGCGAGCCAGGCUUCGGACCAGGACCUCUCCUCCUCCGCCGCCCCCGAUCUUCGAGGUCUCGACACGGAACCGCUUCUCCCCGCUUCGCGAGGCGGAACGUCACGCCAUGGUCAUCGGAGACUCCAUCGUCCGCCACGUCCACGCUACCACAGCUAAAGGUAAGGUGCGCAGUCACUGUUUUCCUGGUGCUCGUGUUCUCGAUGUCGCUGCGCAGGUUCCCACGAUCCUCAACGGUGCUGAGACCAUCGGAGCUGUAGUGCUGCACGCGGGGGUGAACGACACCAGGCUGCGGCAGACGGAGGUGCUGAAGCAGGACUUCAGGAGCCUGAUCGAGACGGUACGAGCCACAUCGCCCGCGACGAGGAUCAUCGUGUCCGGACCGCUUCCGACGUACCGACGAGGACAUGAAAGGCUCUUCCGUGCUGAUGGCCUGCACCCCAGCAGAAUCGGAGCUGAUCUUCUGUCGGAGAACAUCUCCAAGAUGCUUCGCACCGAAUGACUAGUGAGUCAAACCUCAAAUCACAGUCUGUGUUCUGCCCACUUCAUUGAUAGAAAUGUGAGUGUAAUACAGUCUAUAGAAACUGUCUAUUCCCCGAAUAGUGAGGUUUUUAAGAAGGAUGUACUGUUACUCCAUCCUCGACAGUUAAAGACCUGGGUGUUAUAUUAGACAGCAACUUAUCCUUUGAAAAUCAUAUUUCAUAUGUUACAAAAACAGCCUUCUUCCACCACAGAAACAU